AUAGAUAAACGAUGUCCUCAACAGCAGGUGAGGGUGUCGAUAGGGAUACACAGGCGCUGCAGUUAGAUCUUGCUGGUGUUGUGAAGGGCCUUCAUGAGAGCUUGAGGAAGAAACUGAGAGCUGCUGCACGUCAAGAGGACGGCAGCUCGGCUGCUGAACGUGGCGAUGACAGCGAAGUGUGGAGUCGAGUCUGGGCAGAGCACUGCGAUGACAAGGAGCAGCUGGAAAAAUACUCGCAAGCCAUGCGAGGCCUGGCGUGCUCAGUCUGGAAAAGCCGAGGCCAAUCACGGCUGAGCUGGUGCGUGGAUACAUGCAGAGAAUACUUUAGAGAUGCUGACGGUGGCUUGCGCCAAAUGCUACGAAAGGAGCACAGGAGGGGAUACAAAAACUGCGAUCAUGAAGAGAAACAGAUUGACGAUGUUGAAUGGCUAACUCAGAUGUCUUGUCAUACAUGCCCCUGUUCAUGUGACGUCCAUCAGAAAUGGUAUGAGCGUGGAAAUGUCCAUGGCGGUAUUCGACUUUUGGAUGUGGGUAGCUGCUACAAUCCCUUUGCUCAGUUUGAUGGGUUUGCGCCGCUUGCCAUUGACCUUCAUCCAGCUGAACAGAGUACUCAUGAAUGUGACUUCAUACGGCUCUCUGUUUCGCCGAGCUCAAGUUGCUGGUCACAACUGCCACCUCUUGAGUCACCCGUCAGAAUGCUACCCCGUCACGCAUACCAUUGCGUUGUGUUCUGCUUGUUUCUGUCCUACCUACCGUUAGCGUCGCAGCGGUGGCUGUGCUGCGUUAAGGCGUACGACCUUCUGAUGCCAAACGGCUUGUUUGUGAUCACAACCCCGGACAGCUCGCAUGCAGGUCGACACGCUCAGCUCAUGAAAUCCUGGAAGCUGGCCAUCGAGCAGAUUGGGUUCAAGCGCUGGCGCUAUGAGAAGCUCGAGCAUCUGCACUGCAUGGCGUUCCGACGUUUGCCAGACAGCGAUCCGUGCCGAGCGCGGUGGCGCUCUCAGUUUACUAUCUGCCAUUCGCCAAAACAAAGCACAUCUAUACCGCAUUGUGACGAUGCUAUUUCAAAGUGUCAGGAUAAUGCCAGCAGCAUGCACGUAGUUUCUGGAGACGGUGAUGAUGCACCUUUGUGCGACUGUUCUUUUUGCACCCAGUCACCUGCUGCCGGCCAGUUACCCAUCCCACAGGACUCUUCUGCUCUGGGUGAUUCCGAUUCUGAGUGCGAUGUCUAUGCUAGUGCAGAGCCACGCACGGAUGAGCAGGACACUGAACUUGCUCAGUGUUUCGAUGAGCUGCCUACAUUGGACAGUGAUUGAUCACCACAGCGUGGAACCAGCCAGCCAGCUGGGACUGGACGUGCCAGAUACAUUUCACAGCAAACCAAUCCACAGAGUAUAUUGGAGCUUCAGCACAUCCGACACAACAAACCAACUAACAAUGUAUAGUAGAGCCAACAAUUAAAAACAAACAAACAACAGAAUGUCUUUGCCUUGAAAGCAGAUACAUAGCAGUGCAUAGUUGUAUCCUCCUGGAACCUGUAUUUUAUACUUUCAAGACAGUAGGUUGUGGUAUACUAUGGAUGUGCAUGCAACUGUAGUCUGUUUCAUCAAUUAACAUGGACGGAUUCAAGUCGUCAGUUUUACCGAAAUGGACAAAGGUUCAGGUAAACUGUAGGAAGACACACAUUUUAUAUUCGAUUUUUAGAAAGGUCUGUGCACAUCAAGAAUACUUUUUUGUUAAAUAUUCUUUAUUAUACUCCAUGGGUCCUUGAUCAAUUAUGAUAACAUUAAUUUUACUGAUUUAGGGAAAGGCGUAAAAGCGCAGCUUCAAAAUCUCAAGUUCUAUUCUUCAGGGAACAGUAAGUGUCCAGUGCCAAGAAUCACCAUGCUAUGCAAAUUGAAA